GUGUGUGUGUGUGGAUGUGUGUGGGGUGUGGGUGUCCCUUACGUCCUUCCUCCUCCCCCUCCUCCUCCUCCUCCUGCUCCCCCCUCCUUCCCUUCUCCUCCUCCCCCCUCUCCUCUCCCUCCUCCUGGUCCUCUUCGCCCCUCUCCUCCUCUUCCUCCCCUCUCUCUUCCUCUCCCUGAAUUUUCUCCUCUCCUCUCAGGUCAGUCCAUGGUAUUUCGCUCCCCCCUAGACCUCUAUUCCUCCCACUUCUUGUUGCCAAACUUCGCCGAUUCUCACCACUGCUCCCUACUUCUGGCGAGGAGCGGCGGCGGGAACGGUGCGGGCGGCGGCGGCGGUGCGGGCGGCGGCGGCAGCGGCAGCGGCGGCGGGAACCGUGCGGGAGGCGGCGGUGCUGGCGGAGCAGGCGGCAGCGGCGGCGGCUCCAGGGCCCCCCCGGAAGAGUUGUCCAUGUUCCAGCUGCCUACCCUCAACUUUUCGCCGGAGCAGGUGGCCAGCGUCUGCGAGACGCUGGAGGAGACGGGCGACAUCGAGCGGCUGGGCCGCUUCCUCUGGUCGCUGCCCGUGGCCCCCGGGGCGUGCGAGGCCAUCAACAAACACGAGUCGAUCCUGCGCGCGCGCGCCGUGGUCGCCUUCCACACGGGCAACUUCCGCGACCUCUACCACAUCCUGGAGAACCACAAGUUCACCAAGGAGUCGCACGGCAAGCUGCAGGCCAUGUGGCUCGAGGCGCACUACCAGGAGGCCGAGAAGCUGCGCGGCCGCCCACUCGGCCCCGUGGACAAGUACCGCGUGCGCAAGAAGUUCCCGCUGCCGCGCACCAUCUGGGAUGGCGAGCAGAAGACGCACUGCUUCAAGGAGCGGACUCGGAGCCUGCUGCGUGAGUGGUACCUGCAGGACCCCUACCCCAACCCCAGCAAGAAACGCGAACUGGCGCAGGCCACCGGCCUCACUCCCACACAAGUAGGAAACUGGUUUAAGAACCGGAGGCAGCGCGACCGCGCCGCGGCGGCCAAGAACAGGCUGCAGCACCAGGCCAUAGGACCAAGCGGCAUGCGCUCGCUGGCCGAGCCCGGCUGUCCCACGCACGGCUCGGCAGAGUCGCCGUCCACGGCGGCCAGCCCGACCACAAGCGUGUCCAGCCUGACGGAGCGAGCGGACACCGGCACCUCGAUCCUCUCGGUAACCUCCAGCGACUCGGAAUGCGAUGUAUGAUACCAAGGCCGCCCUCCCCCUCCCUCCCCUCCUCCCCCUUCUCCUCCCCUCUUCCUCCUCCUCCUCCAUCCCUAGAAUGAUCCGAAAUCAGGAUACACAACCAUACACGUACAUACGUCCACACGCUCCCGCCCCGGCCAAAAAAUACACACACAAACCGAGGAAAAUAAGUAAUUAACUACAAACUGUCGAGCGACCCCGGCCACGAUCUACACGAUCUACCGCGACUCCCACAGACGGUCACCGAGGCUGAUGUUGCGGGCAGAAAACAUUAAAAAAAAAAAAAUGAGGUGACAAUUGUAUACUUCCUAGGACAAGCACGGCCUCUCCUUUCGGUUCCCACGGACCUGGCACCCCACUUGCAUGACGAUUUAUUUGUAUCUGGGAAAAUAUUCUCUCUAGUUUAAAACGAUUUAAAAAGAGUCGACUAUACAAAAACCAACCACCACCGCCACACUGAAAAGGCGACAAAACGACAAAGUAACACAGACAAAAAAAAAAAGACAAAACCUGCCUACUCCGUUGGUUCUGAAUUUGUUUUUAAAAGAAAGAAAAAAAAAAAGAACUCUGAGAGGGAAAUAGCAAAUGUUUCGCGCCUUUUGUUGUUCUCUCUCUUUUCCUUUCUUUCUUCUUUCCUGUUCUUAAGUCCAAGUAUCGGUCCAACACGAUGCACUCUGUUUUUUGUUCAGCAGACAAUCAUUUUCUUCCUAAGCACCUUUUUCUCUCCACUCUGUCACUGCCUGUGUGGGUACUGGUUAUAAAUGUGGAAAAAGAAUAGUUAUGACUGUAACAGAUUUUUAUUUUUAUUUCAAAAUUUUAUAUGAAUUAUGUAUAUCUUACUGAUCGGUCAUUUUCCCAGUUUGUAAUAUAUGUGUAGAAAUUGCCUGUAUAUGAUAUUGCUUUUUCUCCUCUCCCUUUUCUCUUGCUUUCUCUUUUCUCCCUUCUUCAUCCUCCCUCCCAGGCUCACCUGCCCCUUUCCUGUCGGGCAUCCCCCCCUCCCACUGGGGUCCUGGGCUCAGUUUGGCAGUCUGGGCGAGGCCCAGGACACACUGGGUAGGGAAGGGAGACCCUGUGGCUGGCGAAAAUGGAGAGUGAGAACGUAGUAUUCUUAUGCAAAAGCUCUUUCAAGUAUUUCUUAGCUGCCCUGGAGGUAUCUCUCGC